UGGGAGUGACGCCUCUGAGCCGCGAAGGAUUGUGGGAGGAGGUUGUCUCCAAUUUCUCCUCCCCCUCCCGGCCAAGAUGUCUGACAUGGAGGAUGAUUUCAUGUGCGAUGAUGAGGAGGACUACGACCUGGAAUACUCUGAAGAUAGUAACUCUGAGCCAAAUGUGGAUUUGGAAAAUCAGUACUAUAAUUCCAAAGCAUUAAAAGAAGAUGACCCAAAAGCAGCAUUAAGCAGUUUCCAAAAGGUUUUGGAACUUGAAGGUGAAAAAGGAGAAUGGGGAUUUAAAGCACUGAAACAAAUGAUUAAGAUUAACUUCAAGUUGACAAACUUUCCAGAAAUGAUGAAUAGAUAUAAACAACUAUUGACCUAUAUUCGGAGUGCAGUCACAAGAAAUUAUUCUGAAAAAUCCAUUAAUUCUAUUCUUGAUUAUAUCUCCACUUCUAAACAGAAUUCUGAUUUUUUAUGUCAGAUGGAUUUACUGCAGGAAUUCUAUGAAACAACACUGGAAGCUUUGAAAGAUGCUAAGAAUGAUAGACUGUGGUUUAAGACAAACACAAAGCUUGGAAAAUUAUAUUUAGAACGAGAGGAAUAUGGAAAGCUUCAAAAAAUUUUACGCCAGUUACAUCAAUCCUGCCAGACUGAUGAUGGAGAAGAUGACCUGAAAAAAGGUACCCAGUUAUUAGAAAUAUAUGCUUUGGAAAUUCAAAUGUACACGGCACAGAAAAAUAACAAAAAACUUAAAGCACUGUAUGAACAGUCACUUCACAUCAAGUCUGCCAUCCCUCAUCCACUGAUCAUGGGAGUUAUCAGAGAAUGUGGCGGUAAAAUGCACUUGAGAGAAGGUGAAUUUGAAAAGGCACACACUGAUUUUUUUGAAGCCUUUAAGAACUAUGACGAAUCAGGAAGUCCAAGACGAACCACUUGCUUAAAAUAUUUGGUCUUAGCAAAUAUGCUAAUGAAAUCGGGAAUAAAUCCAUUUGACUCACAGGAGGCCAAGCCGUACAAAAAUGAUCCAGAAAUUUUAGCAAUGACGAAUUUAGUAAGUGCCUAUCAGAAUAAUGACAUCACUGAAUUUGAAAAAAUUCUGAAAACAAAUCACAGCAACAUCAUGGAUGAUCCUUUCAUAAGAGAACACAUUGAAGAGCUUUUGCGAAACAUCAGAACACAAGUGCUCAUAAAAUUAAUUAAGCCUUACACAAGAAUACAUAUUCCUUUUAUUUCUAAGGAGUUAAACAUAGAUGUAGCUGAUGUGGAGAGCUUGCUGGUGCAGUGCAUAUUGGAUAACACUAUUCAUGGCCGAAUUGAUCAAGUCAACCAGCUCCUUGAACUGGAUCAUCAGAAGAGGGGUGGUGCACGAUAUACUGCACUAGAUAAAUGGACCAACCAACUAAAUUCUCUCAACCAGGCUGUAGUUAGUAAACUGGCUUAACAAAGAACAAGUUUUUUCAGACGUCCUUAAGGCAACAGUGCAGAGAUGUAAUCCUUAAAAGAACUGGGAAUGGCAAAACUACUGUCGGUUGAUGUGUCCUGAAAAUUAUUGGAGUUAUGGCAGAAGUGCUUUUUUGAUCAACUGGUUUGUGUUUUGCUGCUGCAUUUAUCCCAAGAAAAAACAGCUUUAAUCUCCAGAAGAAAACCAAAAUACCAUGGGAUUUAUGCUGUAUUGACAUCUUGCCCUAAACGUACAACAUCAUAGUAAUUUGUCAUGGGCAACAUGACCAGAGAGAAGAUUUUUGUCAUGAUUUUAAAUACACUGACACGUUACUGUUGGUUAAAUUUAAACAUGUUUUACCUGCAGAAAUUCUCUCACAAAUAACCUGCAAUAACUUGAAAUGCAUACCCUUUUGAACACUUCCUUUUCUCAUGUAUAAAUUAAAAUGUUUGCUGCAUUUUGCAAAAUGUCAAUUCUCCAGAAAUGUGUCCGUAUAUUUCUGUACCUGCAGUGUAGUAAAGGUUUAGAUGAAACCCCAUAAUUAUAGUGGCAUACUGUCACUUAGGUUUCAAGCAGCAAAAUAAACAGUGCAGCUCAGAAAUUGUA